AUGUCUUCGAAAGCCAAGCCCAAGCCCUCCACCAAGAGCCAGGUCCUCCCCGCCAGGGAGCGGCUCACCCCGCAGGAGGUCGACGAGCUCAAGGCCACCUUCGACCUCUUCGACGAGGACGGCAGCGGCACCAUCGACCCAGUCGAAAUCCAGAAGAUCCUGGCGGACCUGGGGCUGGACCGGCGCAACCCCAUCGUGUUCCAGAUGAUCACGGACCUGCAGGAGACCAACCGGCAGCUGAACUUCGAGGACUUCAUGAACAUUAUCUGCGAGCGGCUGGGGGACACCAAGACCCGUUACGGCCUGCAGAAGCUGUACAACCUCUACGACACGGACCAGAGUGGGCUCAUCGACUUCGAUAAGAUCCGGGCCGUGGCCAAGGAGCUGGGCGAGACCAUGAACGACGACGAGAUCAGGGAGAUGAUGCACCACGUGCACGUCCUCAACGACACUGAGUCCAACGAGGGCUUCACCUUCGACGAGUUCUACACCGUCGUCACCAAAAAGAAAUAUUGA